AAGCGGAAGUCGAAGUGUCCGUCUCGGCCAUAUUGGAAGCGGGGGAGGAAACAGGACAGCGAGGAGGAGAAAAGGGAAGACGGGGUUAGGUGAUCCGGGCAGAGAGGGGGCCAGCUACAAGAUCCAAGCAUAGACAGCAAGCCCCCUGAUGACGUGCCACGGUGCAUAGGCCAUAGAUGACCCCCAGACCUCCUGGGAUGCACAAGAUGAGCAGCAACAGUAAUAAAAGAGCACCAACAACUGCAACACAACGAUUAAAGCAAGACUAUCUGCGCAUCAAAAAAGACCCAGUGCCUUAUAUCUGUGCUGAACCCCUCCCUUCAAAUAUUUUGGAAUGGCACUAUGUGGUUCGAGGUCCUGAGAUGACCCCUUAUGAAGGUGGUUACUAUCAUGGGAAACUAAUAUUUCCAAGAGAAUUCCCCUUCAAACCACCUAGUAUUUAUAUGAUCACUCCUAAUGGACGGUUUAAAUGUAACACACGACUCUGCCUUUCAAUCACAGACUUCCACCCAGACACAUGGAAUCCAGCAUGGUCGGUAUCGACAAUCCUCACAGGUCUACUCAGCUUCAUGGUGGAGAAAGGACCCACCUUGGGCAGCAUAGAGACCUCAGACUUUACUAAACGACAACUCGCAGCACAAAGUUUAGCAUUUAACUUAAAGGAUAAAGUUUUCUGUGAGCUGUUUGCAGAGGUAGUUGAGGAAAUAAAGAAGAAGCAGCGGGCACAAGAAGAACUAACCAACCGACCACAGUCCCUUCCUCUCCCAGACGUUGUGCCAGACACAGAAGCCCACUUCGGUCAGAACGGAGCUCCACUCUUAAACGGCCACGCGCCCUUGGCAGCAGCAAAUCACCCCGGUCUACAGCAGCCAAACCGUAACCAUGGACUUUUAGGGGGUGCCCUGGCCAAUGUCUUUGUCAUAGUGGGAUUUGCAGCCUUCGCCUACACAGUCAAGUAUGUACUGAGAAGCAUAGCCCAGGAAUGAUGAGGUUUGCAAGGAGGCGCCGAGAAGAAUCUGAGACCAAACUAGCAAUAGUCGGGAAAGAGCAAAUGAACUGCUAGGAGGAGACGGACUCGCUCCGCACCAGGCUCGGGUCAUUUCUAUUUGUGCUACAGUUGUGCAAAGUGAUAUAUCAGUUGGCUCAUGGGUUUAUUAUUAUAUAUUUUUUUUUUUUCUUUUUUAGAACAUGAGAUGAGUGGUUCUGUUUUCCAUGACAGCAAACUAAAAA